AUGGUGGACCGUCUCGUGGUGUGGAUGGACAGGACUUUAGCCUCUUCGUGCUUAGAGCACCGUGAAGGGAUGGCCGUCGGAAGUGUCGGGUUCGACGGGCAAUUGGACCCGAAUACUGGCUGUGCAGCCCUUCCGAUGCAGAUGGAUCGAGGAGAUGAUGGGUUCCGUUCGGAUAAGUUCCACAAGAGCAAGAAGAAGACGACGGAGAGGAAGGGAUUUGGGGAGGUUGCAGAGUGUAGGAUAUGUCAGGAGGAAGGGGAGGAAAAUGAAAUGGAAACUCCCUGCGCCUGCAGCGGUACACUCAGGGUCUCUCUCUCUCCCUCCCUCCCCUUCUCUCUCCCCCUAUCUCUCCCCCUCUCUCCCCUUCUCUCUCUCUGCAUCCCUCACGCUUUCUUCUUUCAGUCUCAACAAAGACCGCGAAUUGUCCAUUGUACCGUAUCGUCUCAACAAAUGUCACGCUUGUCGUUGUUUUUGCGGCUUAGAAACCAUUUUGAUAUUCUUUCUUCUCUUUGCACCAUUUCUCCUCCGUAGAAGUCCGUCCCACCCAUCGAGAUUUCUGUAUUUUUCGGAUUGCCCAGAUUAACCAUUAUUUCUUCAGGAAGAGUUUAUUCGGGCGCUGUUAUUUUUGGACUUCAUCAUUAUUAUUCUCCUCUGGCAUGGAUAUACAUCUACCAUUCAUUUUUUUGGUACUGUUUUCCUACCGUUAUCUUGUUAUUUUCUUUUUUUGUGUUUCCCGUCAACCUCUUCACUUCUUAAUGCAUAAGGUGGGAUCUCUGUUUAGGCAAAUUUAAUCCAAAUAUCUCUCGUGGAGGAUAUCUUUUAGCACGCUCCUGCUGUUAAUCUGGGCACACACUUUAAUAAAUUUGACAAUGUGAUAGAUUUCUUGUAUAUCUCGUAUUGAUUGGGCCCGAUCCAAAUCACCUGACAUUAUAUGCAGACGAACAGAAGAUACAUGCUUGAUUCCAAAUUAUUUUUUAUUUUUAUAAGUAUUGUGUCCUUCUUCUUCAAUUCAGUUAAGAGGAUGUCUUGUAUAGUUAAGAUGAUUUACUUGAAUUGUCUUGAACAGGUAUGUUUCUUCUGUAUGGCAGCAUUAAAAUGAUUUAUUUUUUUUCUGAAUAACGGAAGCUUUCUCAAAGUCUGUUAGUUUACAUCUCGUACCUGUUUCUUUUAUAUUUUUAUUUUCUCCUUUCUAUGUUUGUUCGGUUUCUGUCUAGGUACCAGGCUUGAUGGUGUGGUCUGUCUGCUAACAUUUUCUCUUCUCCUUUUCUGGUACUUCCUUCCUGUAACAUAUCUGGUAUGAUUGGCUUCCCUAUUUGUCAGGAAAUGGUCAUUGCCUUCUCUUUAAGGAAUAUAAUUAGUUUAGUUUUGAAAACUGAGUCUACAUUGGUGUUUUUGACCCUUCUGGAAGACACAUGGGAGAAUUUAUAGACAUCGUCAUAUUUUUGGGCUCCCUAGGUGUAAUGUUGACGAAUAAUUAAUUUUGAUAUGAGCGUACUUUUUGUAUUUCUGGUCUGUACAUCAUUUCAUCACUUCAUCUCACCUGGAUGCAUAUCCUAUCCUUUUCCAUGCCUUGGUUUAUUGCACAUUGUGUGCAUAGUUGACGAGUAAAUCUUGUCAAUAAUCAUGAUGGAUUCCAGAUUUUGACAUUUCCGUUCCUGUUGGAAGAGUGCCUGUCUGAUUUUGUGUAAAAAUGCUUUAUGGACUAUGCCCUCAUCGACAUUAUGUAUGUGGUACUCAUUCUUUGGUUCUUGACUGCAAGGUGUACCUCCUUGUUUCUAUCUUAAAUUUAUGCUAUGAUUCUGGGCCAUUCUUGUUUCUCACUCCCCUUUUAUGCUAUGCUUACCGUAAAAUUUUGGCAUAUGACAACGUUUGAACUGUUUGUUGCCAUUUUUUUCUUCUGUGUAGUUUGCCCACAGAAAGUGCAUUCAGAGAUGGUGUGACAAGAAGGGGAAUAUCAUCUGCGAGCUUUGCAAACAGGUCUGACGGCGCUCCUAUGAGUCAUCAUCAUAAGUCGUCUCUCCAGUAGCGUUAUUGUGCAUUGACUAUUAUAAUGGAAUUAUUAUAAUCCAAUACUUGUUAUUUCUUUACAUGUAUGACGCUACAUAUAUAUAUGCUCACACAUCUUUCCCUUUGAUAGGCUUACGCUCCAGAUUAUUCAGUCUCCCCAAGCAGCCCUAUCUCGGAUUAUACGGCCAUUGACAUCGAGUAUGUUUCUAAUGUGCUUCAUUUAUUUCUCCCUGAAUAUUUAUAAGUUGAUGAGGAUAGCGUUACCUGAAAGUUCAUUGGCUUAGAAAUAGCAAUUCUCGUAUUUUUGGCUACUUUACUAGGGUAUUAACCAAUUAUACCUCUUUGAUCAGGCGAGGUUGGGGCUCAAGGAUCGAACUAAAUAAUUCGCAUUUUCUAGCAAUUGCUGCUGCAGAGCAGCAGUUUCGCGGCGCAGAGUAUGAAGACUUUGCUAUAUCUAACAACAGUGGGAUUGUGUGCUUCCGCACUGUGGCAUUCAUGGUAUGUCGAGAUGAAAACCAUGUUCCUGGAUUUGCCUUUUACAUAAAAAAAGAAAAUGUCCAAUUAAGGUGGAGUUGUUGGGUUGAGCAGUUGAUGUUGGUGCUGUUUGCUUCCCACAUCCUUUCAAUCGCAGAGGAAUCAGAGGUUUUCAGGCACACAACGAGAUCCAUCAACGUGAGUCUUCUUUUGCCAGUUUGUCUCCAUAACUGUUGGUCAGAAAUGUAUGUUGAUAUAACCUACGGUUAGAACGCCUCAAUUUAUUCGGAUUUCCCUACAUCAAGAUGAACUCUAUGCUGAUUAUGAUGCGUCUUGGUCUUGAAAGUUUCCUGACAAUCUAACAGCACCCUGUCCAGUUUUUUGAAAGAUUCAUUUCUGUGAGAGGUCUUGCACAGCUCCACGCUGUUGUUUGGCAUUGAAAUAACCUUUGCCCGAUUACAGCUUUUUUCUCUGCUUGAAUCGAUCUUUUCAGACAACAUUGAGAAAAAUGAUCGUCCAGGCGGACCAUUCUUGAGACUGAGGAAGCCCUUUUUGUAGAUUUGAUCUGUCAUUGCUAUGUAACCACCCAAGUGGCCAACUGUAACAUGUCAUCUUUGCCUUCCAGAUCUCUGUUCUUCAGUUAUCUGGCUUUUUCCUACCAUGCUAUGCAGCUGCCCUCUCCUGCUACAUAAUUCAGAGCCGAUGGAGGAGACAGGUAUUCUCGUGGAAUCAGUUUAAUUCCCAUUUCCUUUCAUUAUUUUCUUGAGAAGAAGGAUUUUAAGUACCCUUUGCUACAUGAUAAAAGGACAAGAAAUCUACAUCAAGAAACCCCAUAGCUAUCUGAACCGAGGAAGAAGUUAUCAUCUCCUACCCACUACCAUGAGAUAAUUAAUUGCUAAUGGGCGUAGAUUAAAGAGGUGGGGGGCGAUAAAUUAGAUGACUAGAUUAAUCCAUAUUGAAGUAAUAGUGUUGGAUUCAAUGUGCUCUUGGCCUGUUACUGUUGUAGAAUCUUUUCCUCCUGUUUAUCGGGCUUUUUGCUGUUGCAGCGUUGAAGAUUCGAAUGUGAUCUUUACAUUAAACUGUAUAUUCACCCCAGAUGCAAGUUCCCUGGCCGAAUCUGCCUUUUUUGUCAAAGGCAGCUGCUUUCGUACAUCAGUAAACCCCGACUAAGAUCUCCGAGGCAAAGGGUACUAGAAAAUGUAAUUCUUUUUUGAAGAGUUGUUCAUGUAUUCCUCCUCUUCUUCCCACUGCAAACUCGGACGCACGCGUUGACUUUUAUUUUACUGUACAUAAUUAACUGUCCACCUCUUUUUCUUCCAUCUUGCUCCUGAAACUGGUUGCGAUUCCCCACUCUCCCUUCAUGCCUGUGUUUGUGAACUUCCCAUCUUAGACUUUCCUGCUCCGAUGGUUAUCCUCUGCAGGGUUUCCGCACCUGGUUAGCCCAUUUUUCUUUGGUCUCUGACACAAAUUUGGUGAUUGUCGGCCGCCCUUUGGUUGACUGUGUGGUCCGUGGAGGGGGGGGGCUUGGCCGGGCUAUGCCGCGUUCAAACCUUGGUUAUCCCUGACAGCGGAAUCCAAAUCACAACUGGUUCGUUCCUCCUCUUACCCUGGUGCUAGUUAUCACUCAGGGUUUUUUAGGAUCUAUGAGAAAACGAGGUGGGCCAGUGGAAGAACUGUGCUUUGUGAACACGCCGGAAUAAAAAUUGCCCUCCGGCGAAGAGGGUACUAUCGCCGCGCGGCGGGUGGCCACACUUGCGAUGGCUUCUUCUCGUUCGUUUUCCUCCGCAAUCUCUGCCUCGGGAUGCCACCCAGAAUCUGAUACUGUUCUUCCCCUACCCAUAAUAUCAGAACAUCUGAAUAG